AUGGUUGUCAUCAAGACUAUUACCUCACACGAUGUGCGGUUUCCUACUUCACUGGACAAGGCUGGCUCAGAUGGCAUGAACCUCUCACCAGACUACUCGGCUGCGUUUUGUAUUAUCACAACCGACGACCCCAACUUUACCGGUCAUGGCAUGACCUUCACAAUUGGUCGCGGAAAUGAGCUUGUCUGUGGCGCAAUCGACCUCCUCGCUCCAUUAAUACAAGGCAAAGAUCUUUCUGAGCUUACAAAAAACUGGGGUAAAACCUGGCGAUACUUGACCUCAGACUCACAACUCCGUUGGGUUGGUCCGGAAAAAGGUGUUAUACAUCUAGCUCUCGGUGCCCUCGUCAAUGCGAUCUGGGACUUGUGGGCAAAGACAUUAGGGAAGCCUGUAUGGCGUGUUGUUGCGGACAUGACGCCCGAAGAAGUCAUCCAAUGCAUUGACUUUCGCUACAUUUCUGACGUGCUGAGUCCUAAUGAUGCAUUGGAAAUUCUGAGAGCAGCACAGAAGGGCAAGGCUCAGAGGAUUCAGGACGCUUUGAGUAAUCGUGCGGUUCCUGCAUACACUACUAGUGCCGGCUGGUUGGGGUAUGGUGAAGACAAGAUGAAGAAGCUACUUGAGGAGAGCGUGCAACAGGGCUUCAAGUACUUCAAACUCAAGGUUGGCACAGAUCUUGAGGAAGAUCGACAGAGACUGAGGAUUGCCCGUGAUGUGUUGGGUUAUGAUAGAGGCAACGUCCUCAUGGUGGAUGCGAAUCAGGUAUGGUCUGUCACCGAAGCAAUCACACACAUGAACGCUCUCGCAGAGUUCAAACCAUGGUUCAUCGAAGAACCAACAUCCCCAGACGACAUUCUCGGACACGCUGCUAUCCGCCAAGGUCUAUCCAACACAACCCACGGCGCCAUCGCAGUAGCAACAGGAGAAAUGUGCCAGAACCGCGUCAUGUUCAAACAGCUCCUCCAAGCAGGCGCCGUGGACAUCAUCCAGCCCGACGCAUGCCGUGUUGGUGGUGUGAACGAGGUUCUGGCGAUUCUCCUCCUCGCUGCCAAGUUCAAGGUCCCCAUUGUCCCGCAUUCAGGUGGUGUAGGACUACCAGAGUAUACGCAGCACUUGAGUACUAUUGAUUACGUUGUCAUCAGUGGCCGGAAGAGUGUUUUGGAGUAUGUGGAUCAUUUGCAUGAGCAUUUCCACCAUCCGUCAAAGGUUGUUGAUGGACAUUAUGUCACGCCCUUGACGCCGGGAUAUAGCGUGGAGAUGAAGCCGGAAAGUCUGGUGAGGUUUGCAUAUCCGGGCAACGACGCCAGUUGGUGGACAAGCAAGGAGGCAGAGGUUGUUAUCAACCAACCGAGGGUCAAGGCGUUAUAG